AUGCCUCGUUCAAGUAAAGUAUCAAACCGAUCCUUUUCUCAUGGUAAACAAGGAUAGUUAAAUGAACCAAUCAUUAUUACAUUAUAAAGAGAGAUCGACAAUUACACCAGGAAAGUGGAAAUUGAAAGAAGAAAGCUCUUCAAUUUAGAACAAUAACAUCGAUAGUUACAGGAGGAAGUGAAAAAUAAGGUAUAAUCAGUCAAGAAAUUGAAAAUGGAUUCCAUUAAAAAGGUUUUGAAUAAAGAUUAGGCAGAAUCAAAGAGUCUACAAUUUUAAAUUGAUUAAUUUGAUAAAAAAUUGUGUAAAUCUGUGGCGAACAUUGAAAUUAUGAAAUCCAAUAUUGAUAUAAUCAGAAAAGAACGCAAUUAAUUGUUGUAAGCAAUGAAGGAAAUCGAGUCGAAUCAUGAGUAAAUUCAUAGCAGAUUGAUAUCAACUUAAUCGUAGGCUCAAAGAAAGGUUCAUGAUGCUUAAAUUACCUAAUAACAAAUGUUCGAUUUGAAAACCAAGAAUGAAAUUGAUAAAAGUGAAUUUUAAGAAAAAUUUGAUAAACUAAAGGCUGAAUUGAAAGAGAAAUAAGAGAAAUAAAACGAAAAAGACAAAAUAUCAAAAAACAAUAGACUCAAAGCUACUAAUUAUUCUACUUUUGAUACUGGAACCUUAUUAAAAAGAAGAUUAUAAAGAAUUAUUGCCAACAACAAAGAAAAAGUUAAAAUGAUUGAUACAUAUUAAAGAAACAUGAGAAUUGUAGAUGAAGCAUUUAAUCAAAUAAAAGAAGCAACUGGAUUAACUGAUAUCGAAGAAAUCAAAAAUAACUUUAUAAAAAGUGAAGAAUAGAACUAUUCAUUAUGGACAUACGUUGAUGUGCUAAAUUAAGAAAUAGAUGCUCUGGAAGAUACUAAUUAAGAGCUAAAGGAAAAAUGUGAAAUAUAGGAAAAAGAAAAUCAAGAGAGAGAUAGAAUUUUAAAAGCAACUCCAGAUGGUGAAAGAAAAAGAAAAUACAUCUAAAGGAUUAUUGAUUAAAAAUAAAAUGAGAUUGACUAAUUUAGUAAUAAGUUAUCUUAGAUCUAACCUAUCAUAGAGAGCAUUUUAAAUAAAAUGAUUAAAACUAAGUUUAAUCAAGAUCAUACUAGAGUUUAUACGUUUUAAGGUGGAUUUUAAUUAAAUGAAUCUAAUAUUGAUCAGUAUUUAGCUGAAUUGGAAGGCUAUAUAAACAUGUUGGUCUUAUAUAAAUCGAAUAAAAUUAGAAGAGAUGGAUUAAAUUAAAACAAAUUUAUAACUGGAUUACUAUUGGAAGAAAUACCCACAAAAGAAUUCAAAUCAAAAUAAUAAUUAAAUUAAUCAUCAGUGUUACCUUCUUAGGGAAAUGAAGAAGGAUAGGACUUUUAGAAGUUUCUAAACUAUACUGAAUUUCAUGAAAUGGCUAAACUAGCCCUCAAAGAUGUUGAGGGAUAAAAUUUUGCAUCAACUAAGAAGAAUAAAAAAUGA